GUUGUCCGAUGUGUGAAUUAGGAAGAGGGAGCGAUAGCCAGAGAAGGUGAGGAGGCUGGGAAGGAGGACAGUGUGGAUGGAGGCUUGCCGAGCUGUGCCCCGCCGGAGCAGGACAAGCGGAAGUCAGACUACCUGCCACGCCGCCGCUUAUGUCGCUCGCCUGCGAGGUACUUGUCUCCCCGCUCCUCUUCUCAGGGUGCGGGGCGGCGAGCAAAAACGCUAGGAGGUAGACGGCGGUGUCCCGCAUUGCUAGAGGCGAGGAAGGAGCGGGCGGAGCCGCCGACGGUAUUAGUUUGUCCCGUGCGAGGGUUUCAGCCGAGCGACUGAUACAUGGGAGAAGAGGACCCAAGCGAAUACCUGGAGAUGUCGAGCUCUUUAGCUAGACAUUCGAGAUGGGGCCACACAGGCAAAAAAUAUUGGACUGAAUAUUCGCCCUGAAUGCACAUGCCGAAUACCUAGACCAUCCAAACGCCCUCAAUUCUGGAAUUCGGGCCUCAAUCCAUCUAAAUAUCCAAUACCUAGCCCAAAAUCAAACAUCCAAACGAUCCUUAUGUAUUUAAAAAAUAAAGAAAUACCUACUUAUGGAUGUUCUCUUGCAGCUAAACUUAAAGAAAAAAAAAUAUCAUUGUUCGAUACAACAUUUUUGAAUUUUAAUCUUUUUAUGCGUAUAUAUUUUAAGUACGAACUCAAGUAUUCUUCAAAAUUUGUAUAUUAAAAAGACUAGUUCAAAACAUCCAUAUAUGAGACAGAGGUUAGCAUAAUAGAAACUUAAGUAUUUUUGGUAGAAUCUAUUGAACAAGUUAAUUGCAAGGUUUUAUCUAACAUAUUGACUAUUUAAACUAUGAUUUUCCUAAUUUGAUUUGAUGUUGUAAUUCGAUUGGACUUGCUGAUUUGGCUUUUGAAAUUUCUAGCGUACUUCCUCUUUCCAUAAAAGAGUGUACUUUUGGAUUUUCAAGGCAUAUUAAGGAUUUUGCAUUGGGAAUUAUUAUCCACCAUCUCUAACCUCUUCAAUUUCUCCUUAUCCAAUGAGCUAAGUGCCUAUAGAAAACAAGUAGACUAUGUGCAAAUGUUAUUGGUCUUGAUUCCUAUGUGAUUAGAGAGAAGCAUUUCUUUCCUACUUUAAAGUUCAUUGAAAAGAGACAGGUACACUUUUUUAUGUAUAAAUUUUGAAAUUAAACGUCCACCAAUUAGAGGAUGGAGGAGUAAUUAGGAAUUUUGCAAAUUAACUAGAAAUUUAGACAAUGUUUGGAGCUUAUGAAUAACAUAAGCUCUUACUAUGUAAAUAUUUUUUUAAUUUGAGGCUAUCUUUUUUUCGUUAUAUCAAAUUGGGUCAUCUUUUAGCUUUAUGAUGGAUUUGAUAAUUUGUAAUUGAAAGAGCCCAUAUAAAGUGAAGGGUUGGAGCUCAACCCAUAUGGUGAUGUGGCACAUAAUAGAUGGCACAUAAGAUGUGAGCCUAGCACACUUGACACUUGGUUAGGGAAGUGGAUGUACGACCCAGCCACCUAGGUUCAAGUCUCCAGCGACGCGAAUUUGGGUUCUUAUUAUUUAAAAACAAAAUCACUGUAGGGGCUUCCCCUACCAUAUUCCUUUCAAAAAAAAAAACGCUCACAUAAAGUACAAAUUUUUGUGUGCCCUAAUAAAGAGUUUUACAUUUUGUCUUACAUCACCUUUUCUUGCGAGGACUUUGACAAAACAUUGACAAUGUGCAAUCUACUCAACUUUUAAAUCACAUCACCUAAGAUAUUUGGUUGAAGUGGAAUCUACUCAAAAGUUCAUACUGUCUUUAAUAAAAUAACCUAUAUUUGAAGCUAUCUAACAAAUCAUAGCAAGAAUUUCAUUAAUUAUAUGGAAAUUCAUUUUGGCUCAUUGGUGUAGAUGCACUCGCUGCCGGACAAACAUAUCUCAAAAUGUAUAUUUUUUUUUGGAAAAUAUUGGGUUUUACCUGCAAACAUUUUAUGCUUGCACACGAAGUUUUGCAAAAAAAAUUAUAUUUUUGUGGCCUAUGCAAAGAAAAACAAUUUCCAAUGCUCCAAAAUAGCUUUCCACGAGACAUUUUUUGUCGUAUUUACAUGGGCAAGCAAAAUGUUUUUUCAUGCAAAACUUUUGUGAGCUAAGAUACACUAAGGAAUUACACCUAUGAACAAAAACACCGUGUCCUUAUUUAUAUACAAUUUUACUUAUAAAAUGAUUUUUUGUUAGUUUAUCAUUUUGUUGUAGAUACUUGGUUGAAGUGAAAUCUACUCAAAUAUUUCUUAUUGUCUUGCAUAAAAUAGCUUAUAUAUGAAGCCAUCUAAGAGACUCUACCAAAAAGUUAAUUUUUUAUAGACAAUUUAUCUUUUGUAAAUGAUUGUAUUUAUGUGUGAGCUUAUGUUUUUGUUGUAGAUAUUGCUUGGACACAUUUGUGGCUUUGAACAUUUGUCUAUUGUCUUCGUGUUAAAAUAAAUUAAGGUUAUCACCUAGUUUAUUCUCAUCAAGAUGAGAAACAAUGGUGGCCAUGGCUUUUGUCCAAGAAUGCGAAAGCCCUCCAUGAAGAAGCAACCAAGUGAACUCAUGAAAAAGUGUCGCAAACAGUUAAACAAAACUCGACAAUAUUAUAGGGUAUCGAUGCCAAGGACAUAUAACAAUGGUGGUAGGCAAGGUGAUGAUCAUCUUUCCAAAAGAAAGACUAGUCAUGUUAUGUCAGUGCCUCACACAAAUAACUUGACUUGUUCCUCUACACCAAGCAAUGGAAUUAAAUCUUCACAUGAGAAUAUCGGCAAAUCUAUGCCCUCUUCCUCACGGAUUGCCCGGAAGAAUAGUGAGAUUUCUAGGCACUAUUCCUUAGAGCCAAACAAUGGUGUGGUUUCUUUUGGGAGAACUGCGAAGUCUUCUUCAAGUCCGAACAAUGGGAUUGUUCAUUUGCAAAAUGAUGUAGAGAAAUCUACGCCAUCUUCCUCAAGGCCAAAGAACCACGGGUAUUCUCCGAAAAAGAAUACAAAUGGUGGUGCCAUUCCAUUCAAGAAUAUUGAGAAGCCUAGGACCACUUCCUCAAGGCUAAACAAUAGCAACGAAGCCUCUCCGUUAGAGAAUAUCGAGAUGCCUAGCUCUUCUUCCUCAAAGAUGAACAAUCACAUGGUUUCUCUUCCAAUGAAAAUUAAGAAGCCAAACAAUGGCAUGCUUUCUUUGGGGAGGAACAACGAGUCGUUGAAGUCUCGGCCCUCUCGUCUUAGGGAUGGAAUUUCCUCGGUGUUGAAGGAUGACUCAAGUUCUAGGUUAGGUAUUUCAAAUGUAUUGCACCCAUCAUCCAUGUUACGCAAAUCGAGGAUUACAUCACGAAUUGUGAAUGAUGAAGUUCAAAAAGAAGAUAUCCCGAUGGUGAUAGAAACUUCGAAUCCUAGCUUAAAGUCUAAGGGUAGCCAAGCCAACACGGCAAUCCGUCGUGUUUCCUUACUUGGUAAGAACCUCUCAAGUUGCCAAAUGGUCGAGGUACCAUGCAUGGUUAGCAACCAGGAGGAACAUGCGAAAUCAAUGGGAAAGAACAUUCAACUUGAUACUAAAAGGCUGAGCAUUGGCCUUUCGGAGGAUGGAGGAACUGAUGAAGACAAGAUUAAGAGAACGUGGAUGGAGGAGAAGCUCGAGACACAUGAGGACGGUGAAGAUAGUGAAGUUGAGAUUCGAAGGUCGAAGAACAUAAGGAAAUUUAUAACAAAUGGAGAUGACGAGGAUGAUGACAAUGCUCAAAAUCUUAUAUGUGCUGAAAAAGGUACCGCUGGAUUUACCGAAGCAAUGGACUCCUCCAUUCAACUUAAAGAUCAAAGCAUUAGGCUUGUAGAAGAUGGUGGAGACAUUAGUGGAAACUCGAGGAAAAGGACAGAACAAUUGCCGGAAGAGAACCCUAAGACACAUGAAGACAAUGAUAGUGAAGAACCUGCUAGCUGUAGGCCAAAAAAAAGUAGAAGAAAACUUAUUCUCAUUGACUACGAAGACGACGAGGAUGGUGAUCAAAAUCGGGCAGGUGUUGAGAUUGGUACUGCUAGAUUGACAAAAGAAACGGUUGUUGUGAAGGAAUGUUCUACCGAAGUCUCUAGUCCAUUUCUGUCUGCAUCUUUAAUGCUGCAACAGUAUGGUUCCCUGCCCAUAGAUGAACACGUUUGGAGCGGAACCAUUAAUAUAAGCAGCAACAAAAAUAUUUCAUUGGCUGCACAUUUGUCAACCAAAUGCUGUGAGGAGGCGUGGAACCUGGCAGAAUCCUUGCAGCAAGAGAUUGUAGUAACUAAGCUUCCUAGGUUGGAGGCUUGGCCUAAGAGCUUUGAGGCAUCAAGGCCCACUGAUGACAACAUUGCUUUGUAUUUCUUGCCCUGCAAAAUGAGGCAAGAUGCAGACCUGGAUCAACUAGUUAAGGAACUUGUGGAGAAUGAUAUGAUCUUACAAGCUGUUAUUGCCGAAGCUGAGAUGCUCAUAUUUCCUUCUAUUCUACUGCCUGAGCAACACAAAACCUUCCAAGGGAAACCAUACCUGUGGGCGGUGUUCAAGCGCAGAAAAAGUAAGGUUGCCACAGUGGAAGCGCAACAUGGGAGAAGACACUGUGCACAGGAGAUUGGAGAACAGCUUGCUUCACAUUGCAGUGUGAGCAAAGAAGUUCACCAUCUUACUGGGUUAAACAUGGACGGUGGACUUGAAGCUCCAGAAGAAUCGGAGGUGCAAGGUAUGGAGCAGGAACAGAAUCCCUCUUUGGCUAGAGCCAACACCCAGAGUCCUGCUACUAGAGAUCCAACUAUGGAUGCUACAACGUCUGCAAACCAUGGACAUACCCACUCGAGCUUGGCUGUUUCUACAGGAGCAAUAUUUGGUUUUGUGGUUCAGCAGGGUCCAAGAAUCGAGCAAUUCAUCCAAGAGUUGCAACGUGAAGGCGCUGUAGUCGUUGCAAUGCGUGGGGAGAUGAUAGGGUCAGGUCUUGGCCCGGCAGCAGCAAGUGGUAGAGAGGCGGACAAGAUGCCACAACCGAGCUCGUCAUGAACGUGUCGCCAUGGUGUAAAGGUGAUCUUGGCCUUCAGCUGUUCUCGGCGAAGUCUUCAGUUCUGCUGGACGUUUUGUAACAGGCAAAGAAGUUGAGUUGGUCCUCAAGCUUGGUCGACCUUUGCGUGCACCACCUUUGCAAAGAAGUUCAGGCUUUUGCUUUCCUGGUAGUGUUGUGGUCAGUACUGUAUCCCUAGUUCUUUUCUACUAGUUUAGUAGAGGUCAAAUGUUUCCCUGGCUAUGCGUUGCACUAGUUAAAAUUUGCCUGAAAUCCAUGCACAUAUUCCCACGCU